CGUACCCAAUUCAGAUAUAUGGAUUGAUCUGCCGAACGGCCCAUCCUUUCCGCACAAGCAACACAGAAGGGAGGGAAAUGCAUGGUUCCACAUUCUUCGUGUUCACCAUGAAACCCGUUCUCAGGUGCAGUAAAUGUCGCGAUUCUGUUGAAGGACAGUUUUGAUCGAUCUGCGCAAGAUGAGUAGAAGACGAAACAUUUUUGAGCCGCUUACUAAAUUCAAUAGAAAAACGAAGAAGAAGAAGAAAAGAGAUGGAGACGAGAAAGGUCGUGGUGGUUUUGGCUGCGGUGACGACGGUUUCCACCGUCGUCGCGCUAACGCUUUCCGUGCGGAGCUUCAAUCGGCGGAGCGAGCGGCGGCGGAGGCACGCGCACCGCAUUCUCCGGAAAUUCGCCAGGGACUGCGCCACUCCCGUCCAGAAGCUUCGGAGCAUCGCUGACGACGUCGUUUCCGAUAUGCGGAACUCCCUCUCGCCUCCCGAUCGGAAAUGCGGCGGCCUCCAAAUGCUUCCAUGCGACGUUGCUUCACUUCCCACCGGAGAGGAGAAGGGAUUGCAUUACGGGAUAAACCUUCGCGGAGAUAAUUUCUUGAUUUUGCAAGCAAAACUGGGGGGAAAGAACGAACCAGUAACAGAAUUGUCCAGACAGGAAAUUACAAUCCCCAUGGAUGUAAUCAAUGGCACUUCCAAGGAUUUAUUUGACUUGAUUGGUCUGGAACUAGCGAAAUUCAUGACAAUGCAUGGCGAGAGCACCAGGAAUGGGCAAGGCCAUAGAAAACUUGGAUUCACCAUAUCACAGCUUCCAGUUGUGGAAGCUUCGGCCUCCAUGGAAGCUGCCAUCAGAGUGAAUGGUUCAUCAAUAGGAAUACUCCCUAAUCAGGCAAAGGAAGUGUAUGUGAAUGAAAUCAACGAAUGUUUGGAAAAGCAUGGUGUGGAUUUGCGAGUUCUUGCAUUGGUUGAUGACACAAUUGGAGUUUUGGCCGGAGGGAGAUACUACAGUCAAGAAAGCGUGACAGCUGUUACUCUAGGAAUGGGCACCAAUGCUGCGUAUGUAGAAUCUUCUAGUGCAGUAGAAAAAUGGCCUUUCGGAAAGCCUCAUAAAUUUAGUGAAACUGUUGUCGAUAUGCAAUGGGGAAACUUCUAUUCCAGCAAUCUUCCAGUUACAGAGUUUGAUCUUUCUUUAGACACUGAGAGUUCAAAUCCUGGUUGCAGGAGAUUCGAGAAGCUGAUUUCAGGUAUGUAUUUAGGAGAGAUUGUUAGAAGAGUGUUGCUUAAAAUAGCACGAGAGACAUGUUUGUUUGGAGACAUUGUGCCCCCUAAACUAUCUGUUCCCUACUUGUUGAGGUCACCUGAUAUGGCUGCAAUGCAUCAGGACAUGUCGGAGGACUAUGAAGUGAUUAGUGAAAAACUAAAAGAGAUUUUUGAGAUCACAAAUUCUGAUCCGGUAUCAAGGGCAAUAGUUUCAGACAUAUGUGACAUUGUGGCUCAGCGUGCAGCACGUUUGGUGGGAGCCGGGGUUAUUGGAAUACUAAACAAGCUGGAGAGACUGGAUAAGAGAAUAAGCAUAGUCACAGUGGAUGGUGGACUGUAUGAGCAUUAUCGGGUGUUCCGAAGCUAUCUCAACGGCUCUGUGUGGGAGAUGCUAGGAAAUGAGCUUUCUGACAAUGUCAUACUCGAGCAUUCGCAUGGCGGCUCCGGUGCAGGGGCAGUUUUUCUAGCCGCUUUGCAUUCCCAACCCUCAAAUUUGAAUAAUUAAAUAGUUUCCGCGUUUUGAAAACGUUGCGCAACGGUAGUCUUUGGUGUUAGAGUUUAUCAGUUUAGUUUGAAUCAUUAAAAAAAUUAUCUAAAACGCUAACAAAGGAAGCUUAAGUUG